UCGAGUGGAGGGUAGACUCUCGUGUUCUCACCAAGUUCGAUGAAAUCCACGCAAACCACUGAAACCGAUUGAGUUAAUCGAUAAUGAAGUGAAGACGAUCGAGUGAAUUCACAAGAACUAGUGAAGAAAUGAUUGAAUCUGGAUUAUAAAAUAGGAUGGCUCGAAUCAUGCGGGUUUUGUGGUGUGUGGUAGUCGUUCUGGGGACGGCUGUCACUGUGACGAGGUCCUGGGGCAUCGGUCACGCAGGACAUGCCGGCAAUGGCAAUGCCAAGUGCGAGAGACUUACCGUUUCUCUAUGUAGGGGAUUGCGGUACAAUCUCACUGCAAUGCCGAAUUUCAUGGGACACACGGACCAGUUGCAAGCUGAACGCGGGCUAGCAGCAUUCAUGCCACUGGUUCACUACAACUGCUCCAAACACCUGAGAUUCUUCCUCUGCGCUGUGUUCGCUCCUGUCUGCUCGGAGCAUGUAGCCAUGCAGAUACCGGCCUGCAAGCCACUUUGCUUAUCUGUUAGGCGGGAUUGUGAACCAGCUUUGACCAGUCUCACUCUGCCCUGGCCCAAUAUGUGGGACUGUGACCGAUUCUCCGAUAGCGGCAAUGCUCUCUGCGUUCAACCACCCUCUGAGGAGAGCCUCCCCGAGCCGGUGUCACCGGUUCUGCCGGCCCUCCGGUCGCCCUGGGCCGGACUGAAGACCCUACAGCCAUCCCCAAAAGAUCACCAUCAGUGUCCACCUCACUUCGUCCAGACGCCGUUCACCGAUACUAUAUCGUGUGCUCCAAGGUGCGACGCUGACGCCUAUUACCGCGCGGAAGACAAGCGUUUCGCUGUCCGCUGGAUGACCGGAUGGGCCUGGCUGUGCUUCCUCUCGACUCUCUUCACCCUUCUGACCUUCUGGGUGGACCCCUCCCGUUUCCGUUACCCAGAGAGACCGAUUGUCUUUCUGGCCCUGACUUACAAUCUCCUCUCGAUUCUGUUCAUAAUCCGGGGCGCGGUGGGAGCGGACAUGUUGAGCUGCGCACAUCAGGAAGACGGCCCCAAUUAUGUUCCUGUUCACGAUGGCCUCCGCAGUGUGCCCUGCACACUGUGGUGGCUAUUAAAGUAUUACUUAUCGCUCUCGAGUGGCGUCUGGUGGACUGUGCUCUGCGGUUGUUGGUUGCUCAGCGCUAAGAAUGAAUGGAGCAGCGAAGCGUUGCACAAUAUCGCGCCUUAUCUCCAUGGAACCGCCUGGGGGCUGCCGUUAUUCCUCGUUGCUGGAAGCUUAAUAUCCCGGAACGUCAGUGCUGAUGAACUCACCGGUUUGUGCCAGAUAUCGGACGAGUCGGCGUUGUGGCUGGAAGUUCUGCCCCUCGGAGUCUUUCUCCUUCUCGGCUGCGUCUUCGGCGGCGUCGCCGGUGCUGCCCUCGUGCGCGUGCGCAGGGCCGUCAAGGCGGCCGGAAGAAGUGCGACGAAACUCGAGAGACUGAUGACACGACUCGGAGUUUUCGCCCUACUCUACGCACUUCCGGCGUUCGGGGGCCUUGCCUGCGCCCUUCACGAGGCCUCCGUCAGACCGAGGUGGCGAACUUUGGCGCUUCUCGCGGCUUUGGACUGUCGAGCUGCGCAGAACUGCGUGCCUGGGCCUGUUUACAGUGCUGCGGGACUGGAGGUUGCUCUCUUGAGGGUUUUUCUGAGUCUCGUCAUUGGGAUCACCUCGGGGAUGUGGGUGUGGUCGGGGAAGACGUGUAGAGCGUGGAGCAAACUACUUGCUGCUCCCAGUAAACCAGCCAGAUCGUCGCAGUUUGGGCAACAUAUAGGACGCGGAGGGUUCCAGGGGAUCAAACCUGAUACUCUGAACUUUGCUUGAACGCUCGGGCUUUGUGGUUGUAUAUAUUCUGUAAAUAUUGUAUAUUUGUGGGAGACAAUAAAGAUUACUUGAUACGUU